AUCUCAGAACAGAAAUAUUUAAAUAUCCUCUGAGACAUCUCCGACACGUCUUCCACUCUUCUCUUCCACAUUACUUUGUUUCUGGCUCUCUGUUUCCGGAAACUACAAAAGUAGAGUUCUCUUUGAGAAUACAAAACAAAAAAACAAAACCCCAAAAUUUUUUUCCAGGAAAUUAGAAAUCCAGUGUCGUAGGUUAAUAGAGAAAAAGCUCAAGAAGGAACGAUCUUGUCUUCUUGAUCCUUCUGGCUCUUUUUUUUUUUUUGGACAGAUUCUUGGGUUUGAAAGCCGUCUGAGUUGCUCUAUUUUUAACUUGUAAUUAUCAAGAGGAUUUCAAAUACCUUAUUUCUUUAUUUACUGCAUUGUUGCUUGCAAAUUCUUCCAUUGAUAUAAAUUUGGAGAAAUUGAAGACAUGGGUUUUGUUGGUGAUCAAAAUCCAAAGGUGGGUUCAUCUCUGUCUUUAGAUUCCACAAGAAAAAAGAAGAGACGAGAUGGUUUAUCAGUUGAUGAUACUCUCAAGCUCUGGAGUGAAAAUCCUGAGGCCAAACAAGCCAGUAAAGCGCCUGCCAAGGGCUCGAAGAAGGGGUGUAUGAAAGGGAAAGGAGGGCCUCAAAAUCAGAAGUGUAACUACAGAGGUGUUAGGCAGAGGACUUGGGGUAAAUGGGUGGCUGAAAUCCGAGCGCCUAACGGAGGGAAGAGACUUUGGCUUGGUACUUUUCCUACUGCUUUUGAAGCUGCUUUAGCUUAUGAUAAAGCUGCCAGGAUGAUGUAUGGUGAGAAUGCAAUCUUGAAUAUGCCUCAUGUUUCGGAUAUUUCGGAGGCUACUACUACUUGUACUGGUUCUGACUCCAUUGCUGCUGCUGCAUCAAUCAACUCUGAAAUUUGUCACAAAUAUGUGGGUGGUGAAAGUGAAACAACAAGGAUAAACGCUCAGCUUCUUCCUGUUGAUUCAGAAGCCCCAUCGACCAGUGUCGCAAUGAUUUUGGCAGGGGAUGAAAUUCAAGAUGCGAGUGAUGUCAAAGCUGAAGUGAAUACAGAGGCAAAACCUGAAGAUGAGUCUAUGAAGGAGGCAGAUUAUAGCUGGAUUGACAGAAUGGAGUUCGUUGAAGACAUUCUAAUGGAUUUUGGAGGGAAUCGUUUUUUAAGCGAGGAAGAGUGUUUUACUUAUAUAAAUGAGCUUAUUGGUUGAAUUGUAUUUUAGAGGUUUACAUUUGAUAUGAAAUUGUCAGUGUAGAAAUUUUUCCCAAAGAAAAAAAAAGAAAAACUCAUACAAAAAAUCGCUUCAAUCCCAAAAAUCUUCUAUUCUGAACCCACAAUGAAAUUUUUCAAGAAAUGUAUUCGUUUGCCCACCAUUCCGUUAAAUUUUAGUUAAAACAUGGAGUUUAGAAAUAUCAAAUAGUUACAAUAGAAAAAUGUGAGAAUAAAUCGUUUUCAACUGAUAAUGAUCGAUAUAAA